GGUGGCACCGGCGAGGACGCGGGUGGCAGCUCCCAGCGCAGCUCCAGCCUGUACGCGCGCGAGGCUCUGAUCGAGAUCGACUACAGCGACCUGCCCGAGGAGCUCAAGGAUGCCCAGGCAGAGGAGGAGAUCCGGCAGGAGAUGGCGGCGCUGCAGCAGCGGCUGACGGAGCAGCAGAGCGUCCUGCAGCGCAUCGCCGCCCCCAACAUGAAAGCCAUGGAGAAACUGGAGAGCGUCCGCGACAAGUUCCAGGAGACCUCGGACGAGUUCGAGGCGGCCCGCAAGCACGCCAAGAAGGCCGCCAAGCAGGCGUUUGAGCAGAUGAAGAAGGAGAGGUUCGACCGCUUCAACUCCUGCUUCGAGGCCGUGGCCACCAACAUCGACGAGAUCUACAAAGCGCUGUCACGGAACAGCAGCGCCCAGGCGUUCCUGGGCCCCGAGAACCCCGAGGAGCCGUACCUGGACGGGAUCAAUUACAAUUGCGUGGCCCCCGGGAAGCGAUUCCGGCCCAUGGACAACCUGUCCGGGGGGGAGAAAACCGUGGCUGCGCUGGCCCUGCUCUUCGCCAUCCACAG